AUGCAAUCACCACACGUCAUCGUCAUUGGGGCUGGCGUAGCAGGACUGGCGGUUGCACAAGGCCUCAAAAAAAGGAACAUCACUUUCUCCGUGUACGAACGCGAUGGUCUGCUGGACUCUCGUCGACAGGGCUAUCGGAUCAAAAUCAGCGGCGAGCUAAAGGACAAGCUUGUCAAACUUCUUCCAGCCGAGAUUUUCAAAAUCGUUGAAGAGACAAGUGCUCGGACUGUCUUGGGCGAAACGAACAUCAACGCUUCCAGCGGCUCCAUCACAGCCUCUCGCAGAGGCCGAGUUCCUCCCGGUGCUGCGACCCCUCUUACGAUAGACCGGGGUCUGCUGCGCCAAGCUUUGAUGACUGGGAUCUCAGAAUUUGUACACUUUGGCCACGAAUUCGAGCGCUACGAGGAAGCUACAGCGGACGACACCGAAGGCCCAAAAGUGUGCGCAUUCUUCGCCAAUGGAAGCUCGAAGUCAGGAUCAAUGCUUCUUGGAGUUGACGGCUCCAAGUCUCGUGUUCGUCAGCAGCUAGUUCCAGGCCCUCAGUAUAUACAGGAUACCGACACAUGCUGCGUGUACGGGAAAACACAGCUGAGCGCUGAAUUACAGGAGCAAUGUCCAGAGUCACAUCGCCGGUGGCUGACAGUCGUGAAGGAUGAGGCGCCCUUUACCCAGAACAUCAUCUUCGGUGAUGGGCCCGUCGUCAUGGUGCUGGAACCGUGUCGAUUCUCUAACCGACACAUGUACACCCAGCUUCCAGAGGACUAUGUGCAUUGGGGCAUCAUGUUUCGACCAGGUAUGCUGCGAGUGCAGGCGAAAGAGUUGGAUUAUGUGCUACGGGAUGGGGCUAAGCUUGCUCUUGGUCUUACGGCUGAUUGGCACCAAUCUAUCCGCUGCCUGGUCGAGCUGCAAGACAGUCAGCUGACUGUGGCAAUGCGGGUCUACUCAUCUCCUAUCAAUAUUCCGGUCUGGAGAUCCUCUGCCGUGGUGACCAUUUUGGGAGAUGCCGCACAUACCAUGUCGCCUGCGGGCGGAGUGGGCGCUGUCGCGGCCUUGCACGAUGCUUGUGCAGUCGUGGAUAUGAUUGUGAAUGAUAAGAUUUCCGUGGAUACUAUAGCCAGACUCGAGCAAGGCAUGCGGAGUUCUGCCGAGAUCAUGCUGCAAAGAACAGACGCAGCGAGUAGAUGUAUGCUAGGUAUCGGUCUAGCUGCAUCAUAG